AUGUAUGGUUACCGGUGCCCAAGAAGCCCCAGUGAUUUCUGGACAGAAUUGCAAAGUGACAGUCAAGGAGAGAGCAGCUUGGCUGCCACACAAAUGAAUCCACCCAAACGUCGCCGAGUGGAGCAGCAUCCCGGGACAGGUGCAGAAACACCCUCAGUUCUAGAAGCUCCGCACCAGGAUUCAUGCCAGUCCCUGGAACCUUCCCAGGUGCAGCAGGAUUCCAGCACAGAGGAGUUCAUCGUGAUCUUGGAAGAAGAGACAGAAGUGACGCUGAUCCUGGAAGAGGGCAUCAUUAUCCUGGCCCCAGAGACAGCCCUACAGCUGACCGUGGAUAACACCGCCCUUGUAAUUGUCCCUGAGCAGGACCUGAGGUCACCAGACAGCCUGCAGUCCCCUGUGCAGAUCCAGUACAUCUUGCCCUCCGUUGAUGACUUCACCGUGGAGAUCCAUGAUGAAGAUGGAGACAUCUCAGACAUGAGAAGAGAGAAUGCGCCUCUUGCGCCUGCAGAAGAGGGGGAGGCAGCACCCCUAUAUCAUCAGCCCUUGAUGAUGCCCCCAGCAAACCACAUGGCUGGGAUCAGCCCUUCUUUCCUAGUAACCCCGUUGUGCAUUCCACGCCGUCUGGCAGCCUUCCCCCAGCGCUACCCUCUACCGCCCACACCCAGUCCAGUGCGACGCAGUAAACCGGACGACUACAUUUUCAGCCUGCAUGGUAUGGAGCUGCUGUGCACCUCCUCCCUCAGACCUAUGCCCCCUUCACCAAGUCCUGGCCCCCAGAUCUAUCACAGGAUUCACCAUAGGCGGCCUCGCAAGGCACGAAGAUGUCUCUUCAGGGAGUGAUUUAACCCAAGAACCGCCCCCUCGAAUUGAC